AUGUGCGUCGUGAGAUGUACGAAUGGCUGCCAAGCCAUUAACUUCAUCAACAAUGCUGAGUUACAACGUUGCGAACUUUUCAGUGAACAUCAAGUUGGACAAAUCAUAAACGAUGAAUUAUCAGUAUAUUAUUAUGCUUUGGACAUUGGAGGUAGGACCGUUCACCAUUUAUACCUGCAUGGUAAUUGUACUAAAGAAAAGCAGUGCAGAUUUCGUGUAAACUAAAAUAGUUUCGUAUAAUAGCCCCGUAACCGCACACAGAUCAUUUCAAUUCCUUCCUGCCAAUACGCGAUCGAUAUGAUUGUUGCCAAAUUUCGAUUUUUGGGAAACAAAAAACAUUGAUCUGCAUUUAUCAGCAUGUCACCAUAUCCAAAUACGAUUCUUGGUACGAGUAACAUUUGAAUUAUUCUAAGACGAAAUGUAAUAUAUCUUUAUGGUAAAAAACUAUAUCUUGAUCAAUUUUUUUACUGACAAAUUUCCUGGAUAUCAUGAUGCCACAAAUGAACGUUUGGAGUCAAAAAGAAAAGAAACAAAUUUGCAGUUCAUCAAAUGACAUCAUAUGCAGAAAUUUUGACAGAGUGAAAAAGUUGAUCAAGAUGAGGUUUUCAUGUUACGUCAUGUCUUUUUGAAACGAUCUAAACUGGCCAUAUCAAAAAAAUUACAACGAAUACUGGCUGUGGCAUAACAUAAACGUUGAAAGUUGAAAACGUAGAAACGAAUUCUUCCUAGGAUGCAAAACGUAUUCCCACAACAAUACUUGCAAGGGUAAACAUUUGAGCCAAUGUUUGUUACAAUGUUUCCAGGUUGUUUCAGCGUACUUUACUCCAAAUCUUCAUUUUCAUGGUUAUCCGCCGCAAAAAAUGUGUAUUAUCAACUUAUGAUAAUAACUUGUACGUUUUUAGAUGAUACAGAUAAAACUCACGAUAUUGUUUCAGUAUCAUCAACGGCCCAUGCGCCUACCUUGAUGACGUCAUUCAGUGCGCCCAUUUUACCUUCAUCUGCACUUCUUUCAAUAACGUCAUCCAGUGCGGCCAUAAUACCCUCGUCUGCAGUUCCAAUAAUGUCAUCCAGUGUUGCCACAAUAUCCUCGUCUGCAGUUCCUCCUUCAACGACGUCAUCCAGCGCGGCCAUAUUACCUUCGUCCGUCGCUCUUCUUUCAAUGACGUCAUCCGUUACGUCGCCAGUAGCUACCAGUAUGCCAGCAGUUGGCUGCAAGAAAAUUUUUCAAGAUAAUCCGUAAGUAAUGCUUUCUAUUAAUGGACUUUCUUAUUAAUAGGCCAACGUUACCGGUUGAGCUUGGGCGGCACCAACCUCGUCAUAUCAACAUAGGUAAAAAUUGGCAAAACACAAAUUUUUACAUUCCUAUACUCUUAAUAUAAUUCCCACCAUCGAUAAUCAUAUUCACAUUACUUCAAAACCCAAUAUUCAACAUUCAAUGUUCAAUAUUCAUCUUCUGAUGUUGAAAUAUUCAUAAGAAAAAGUUGAAAAGAUUACAAGUUAAGUCGUUAAAAUCGUUAAAAUAGCUCAUUAGAGACACUUUGAAGUUUACUUCAUUUCUAAACCAUUGGUGAUGUUUUGUAUGUAUUUCCAGCGAGAACAUGCUCAUGGGCGUUGGAAGCCUGGUAGACUUAGGGCUUCCUAAGCUCCUGAACAUGCUGAAACUUGCAUACCUCACUAAGCUCAGGUAGUAUAUGGUUCGUAUGAACAAAUGAACAACGUUUAUCUAGUUGAGAAUUCCAAGAGGACGAGAGUUCACAACUCCUGGCUACGUUUACACCAUUACACUGCACCGGAUGCGAGUUGCGUAGCAUGACCAUCUAUAUAUUCCAUAAAGCAUUUACUACAACCAUGAGUAUUAUCAUUUCUUUCUAGAAGCUCUCCAGACGGCAAAUACACAAUAUUUGGUGGCACAGGAAACGAAGCUCAAGUAUUUUGUGAUAUGACUGGAACGUCUACUGGCUGUAAAGGUGGUGGCUGGACUUUGGUCAUGAGGAUUGAUGGCCACAAGGUAUGGACGAAUGUAGAGCCAUGGUAGGAAGUCCAUAACAAACAACGAUUAGACAUUAAUGUUCGCUUACUGUAGAAUUCGCACCCCCAGUUAAAAGGCCAAAAGGUUUGGAAAUUUGAUGGAAUUAAUUAAAAUAAAACAUUGCUAUUGGUUGUUUGAGCAACAAUACACACGCAACAAUAAACUGAAUAUUUUUUUGCAUAUACUGGCUACACACGUAGAAAUCUCACAUCUCGUCAACAAGAUGCGUUCGCGGUUCGGUUCGCACUCUUGUUCCCAGUUGUUGACUGGAACAAGUUAUUAAAUGGUUAACAAGGUUGAUGAGGGCAACAGACUCACAACAAGUUGCUCCAACAAGUCUGAUAUCGUCUGCACCGACUGCACGUUGUUAACAAGUUGAUGACAACGAGCUCGUAGCAACUUGUUACGAACAAAAACAACUUGGCUUGUCACAACAACUGGGAACAAGCAGUGCGACGAACACAACCUGAUACCCAGCAGCUUGAUUGCUUGAAACGAACCGCUAGUAAUUGAUAGUUCUGAAUUCAUGCAGACAAGAGAUAUUUCCCGAUCGAGUGAAACCCCACAAACAACUUUCUUAACGUUAAAACGUUUAUUAAAAAUGCAAUAAAUUUUUGACGAGUUGGCUAUUGCAUUGGAUCCGAAAAGCAGAUAAAAUCCGAUUGUAUAAGGCUACGUUUACACUCUAUCGGAUAGUUUUCCGUAUUGAAAAAAACACCUAUCCGUACCUUUUAGGAACGCUAUUUUCAGAGGAAUUAUUUGCAACGGAGAGAUGUUGCUUAGCUCAGCUUCUGAAAGUUGUACAUUCCGUAUCGGAUAGGUGCUUUUUCGCGCCGCUACGGAAAGUAAGCAGUGUAGGGAGUAUCAGUGAACUGCAGUUUCUUUGGUUGUUAAGGCUCGGUCGAUUGAAGGUUACGUCACGGCGGCCAUGUUGGUAUAUCAACAAAAGAACUCAUUCUCUUUCAUUGAAUUUGGCAUCAAGAUGGUCUUUUUAUUGUCUUUUAAUUCCCAAGGGGCAGGUUGCAAUCCACUUAUAACACUAGCUCUGUGUUCCUAUAAAUCUCGAAAAUCAAGUCACAAGCAAUGCCCCAAGAACAUCUCGGUAAUUUUUUUUUGCUUUUUAUAGCAAACAUUUGAAUAUGGCUCCUUUCGCUGGACGAACAAACAAGAUUAUCAACCACACUUUGGUCAAUGGUUGGACCGCUCUGAGGAGACAAAACUGUCCACCUAUCACACCACAUCUUUCACACAAAUAUGCCUUGGUAUGAAACAUAACAAUGAAAAAGGAUGGACAACGCUUAAUUUGACAAGCACAUCUCUGUUUGAUCUUAUAUCAAGUAACACAUAUCACGCAAUUGAUCUUGCCGUUCCAGAAUGGAUAGGGCUAAUUCCUUCAGGUGCUGUUCUGCAGCCAAAAUGCCGUAUUCAGGGGAUAAACGUGGUACGAGGGGACACUGGUGUUCGUAUAGGGAUCAUAGCGACCAAGACAUGCGGGAUAAAUGCUGAUUAUAAUUCCAGGCUUGGUUUUGGCGCGAAAGGCAAGAGUUGUGGACAAGAUGGUACUAACAGAUGCGGCAACGAUGCUCGAUGCGGCGGCAGUCAAGCUUUGAGUAAAAAGACCGUGGGUUAUAUUUUAGUCAAGUGA